AUGGCUUCGUCAAAACGAGGGCCAUCGGUUUUGGUAACCGACUCUCGCGAACGGCCUCGAUCCAGAUCAGGAGGACCACAACGAACCACCACCGGGCCCGCGCGACCAAGCACCCGUCUCAUCUCCGUCGACAAUGUCCUGCAAUACUCCUCCGACAUCCCUUCAGGCCAGCCCAGGGGGCCACCCGCACAACGCCCAACCCGCGGCAUCACACUACGUCGCGCGAGUCAGGGCGGGUUACCGACACUCGCGUCUGCUCGCACCGGCCAGCAGAUUGUGCCGUCUCGAACGACCAAAGUCAGCGAGAAGUUGGUGCUGAUCCCCGAUGCCCCCGACGCGGCGGACGAGGAGGCGGAGAAUGGCGAAGAUGAGGAUUUGAUACGGCAGGCGUCGAUACUCCGGGGUGAAGAUGAAAACCGCCCGCUCAAGGACGAGGAGCUGGACGUACUGAAGAAACGGGGCGGGAUUCGCGGGAAAAGCUAUGCGGAGCGGUUGCCCAAACCGCAGCGUGGAGAGAAGGUGUCGCGAUUGACUGCGUACUGCACCGCGCAAACCUACAAGAUGAAGGCGGCUGCUGAGUUUUUGAAGACGGCGCACGAGGCGAAGACGAAGCUGUACGAUGACUGCUUGUAUGCGGUCUACCACCUCCCACUUCUCCCCGGCACGGAGGGUUACCGGUUGCGUAGCCGGCCGGUUCUGAAAACGCCGGGAACCGGGAAAACGGUGUUGGAUCUGGAAAUCGAGCGCAGCGAGCGUAGGGACGAGCACGAGGGGUUUUGGGAUGAAUACUCGUACGGUAUGCAGGGGCUUGGCGACAGCCCGAGCAAUGCUCCGCUUCUCCAACAAGUGACUAGUGCUCCAGACGCUCUCGAGACCACAUCGGGUGCUGCUGCUGGUGGCGACGGCGAUUCUGGGCAUGUGGCCGCUAGCCCGAUCAACCGGCUGGUCCCUGACGCGAAGAACUUUGCGGAGAUGUUUGUCUACUCGUACGGGGUGGUGGUAUUUUGGAAUUUCACGGAGCGUCAAGAGAAGGAUAUUCUAGCGGACUUGACUUUUGCAGAGAACGAGUCGGGGAUUCUGCUCGCCACAGGAACAUUAGACGAAAGCGACUUUGAGACGGAACAAUUUCACUUUGAAUACAGCCCCGACGUCAAACGCCCGCGCGUCUUCAACGACAUGAUCACGCUACUCCCACGAUCUGAUCACAUGGUUAAACUAACCAUCAGCCACGCCAUCGCCCAAAGCACCAAGCUCUGCUUCUUCGAGGAGCGCAUGUCGGAAACAAUGCUUGAUGCACAGCAUGUCCCCAAACGCCUCGCUCUCACGGGACAACUCGACAUGACGCGGACCGAGAUUGUCAAGAUUCUCGGGCAACUCUUCAAGAGCCGCGUCGAGAUCAAUCUUUCCUCAAACAUCCUCGACGUCCCCAACUUCUUCUGGGACGCCGAGCCAACCCUCCACCCCCUCUACGUCGCCAUCCGCGAGUACCUCGAGAUCGACCCGCGCAUCCGCGUACUCAACGAGCGCUGCCGCGUCUUCCUGGACCUCGCCGACAUCCUGGCCGAUAGUGUCGCCGACUCCAAGAUGAGCAACAUCACGUGGAUCAUCAUCAUCCUGAUUGUCAUUAGCAUUAUUGUCACCGUCACGGAGGUGGGGUUGCGCUUUGGGAUGUUGUCUAAGGAGAAGAGUCGGGAAGGGGUGGGGUUGUUGGGUAUUGGCGCUGGUGGGAGUGGGGAUGGGGAAGGGGAUAAUAGUCAGCUUGACCUGCGGUGGUUGAGGGAGAAGAAGAAUGUGACGAUUGAGGAGCUGAGGUUAUGGAGUCGGGCGUUGAAUGAGCGGGAGAGAGCUGCUGUUUGUGGAGCGGAUGUUGUGGGGACGACGUUUGCGGGUGUGUGA